CUAAUAACAUUAAACCACAUAACACAAACUCACAGUGUUUCUCUCUGUUACGUGCUGACCUACACACAGUGCAGUACAGUAGAUACAGAAACUCAAAUGACAAGCCAGGGAAGGAAAAGAAUGAGACUCUGUCCCCACUGUCAUUCACUCUUAUCCUCUCUCUCUCACACACACACACACACACACACACAGAUGCAUGCACUUUGGGCUGAUCUGAAGGCAGGGCUCGGAGACGUGGCACGAGAGGUGUCUGUCUUACAGCAGGGAGGACGGCAAGUGGAAGACAGGGUGUCGUCUCAUCACCGAGACAACAAUGAAAAGAUUCUAUCUCUCAGGAACACGAUCAACACCAUACAGGAGGAUCUCAGUGGAGUUCUGGCACAGAUCUCACAGCUGAGCUAUAAGCAGAAAGAACUACAGAGAGACCUGGAACUGCUGCAGACCUUACAACAUAGGAACGGCUCCAGAGGGGAGGGGUCAUUGGAUGGCCACGCCUCUCUUUCCAGCCAGACUGAGCUGAGUCUCAUACAGCACUACAUCACCAGCCUUCCAACCAAUCAGAGUAAGAGGCAGACGGCUGCUCUGGAGCUGCUGGAGUCAGAGCGGGUCUAUGUCUCCUAUCUUUCCCUCCUCCUAAAGGCCAACAUCAGUUUUAAUGGAUCAGAAAAUGCCAGCCAUAAAGACAAACGGUACCCCUCACCCACCCACCCACACACACUGAAGGUGCAGUGCACGGGAUUUAGUGGCAUCUAGUGGUAAGGUGUCUGUAUUGCAACCAACUGAAUACCCCUGCCUUCCCAAGCGUGUAGGAAAACCUAUGGUGGCCAUCAAAUGCCAUACAAAUGU